AUGGGCCCAUUGACCUUCAGGGAUGUUGCCGUGGACUUCUCGCUGGAGGAGUGGAGACGCCUGAGCCCGGCUCAGCGGGACCUAUACAGGGAGGUGAUGCUGGAGAACUAUGAGAACCUGGUCUCUGUGGGGCUGCCAGUGACCAAACCAGAUGUGAUCUUCCAGUUGGAAAGAGGAGAAACUCCAUGGAUGCUCAAAGCAGAGACCCCCAGAGUCAUUUAUCCAGCUGCUGUCUUUUGUCACGAGGGCCGGAGCCAAGAGCAGGUGGCCAGCGAGGGGUCGCCGUACCAGAAAGGCUCCUCUUCCUAA